AUGCUUUCCAGUCUUGGUAAUCCGCGGCAAGCUGCCGCGCAGCUCAUGAACUUUGCGCUGAUCCUGUCCACGGCCUUCAUGAUGUGGAAGGGUCUCUCCGUCAUCACCGACUCGCCGUCCCCGAUCGUCGUCGUCCUUUCUGGUUCUAUGGAGCCUGCGUUCCAGCGCGGUGAUCUUCUCUUCCUGUGGAAUCGAAACCUGUUGCGCGAGACUGAGGUUGGAGAGGUGGUGGUCUACAACGUCAAGGACAAGGAUAUCCCCAUUGUGCACCGUGUAGUGCGCAAGUUUGGCAAUGGCGACACGGCCGAGCUUCUCACAAAGGGCGACAACAACCUUUCGGACGAUACCGAGCUGUACGCAAAGGGACAAGACUACCUGGAGCGCAAGGACAUUAUUGGCAGCGUAGUGGGAUACAUGCCGUUUGUUGGAUACGUGACGAUCCUCCUGUCGGAGCACCCUUGGCUCAAGACGGUGAUGCUGGGCAUCAUGGGUCUCUUGGUGGUGCUGCAGAGAGAAUAG